AUGGUGACACCAGCAGAGGGAUUGGGUCCGCCUGUUGCAAGAACCUCCGUUGCACCAACCCUUCGAUACGUACUCGGUAGCACCGUCGUUCCCGGCGAUCGACUCGGGACCAUCCGACAAAUCCAACCCGGACCGGGAACCUACGUCCGGGCCGGUCACGUCUACGCCAGCACGACAGGGACACUCUCGGUGUCAUCGUCAGAAGCAGCAGUAGCAGCGACAGCCACAGCAACCUCAUCAGCCAAACCAACCACCACCACCACCACGACAAGUGCUCCAGAGGACGCUCUCGUAUGGGCAAUCGUACAAGCUCGUUCUUCUCAGGGUCCGGCAUCCACCACGGUGCUUACGGUAGGUCGCGUCGUACUGGCCCGUGUGGUACGGAUUACCCGGCAACAAGCCGUUUUAGAAAUACUCGCCGCCGACGGCGUGACGACGGCCACCGCAACGCUGCUGCAUCGACCGGAAGGGGCGAUUCAUCGGGAAGACGUGCGUGACGGACCGUCGGAACCAAUUCGCAUGCAAGAUUCCUUCUUGCCUGGAGACUUGGUACUCGCACGAGUACUCUCGCUUGGCGACAGUCGCCGCUACUAUUUGACUACGGCGGAACCAGAGUUGGGCGUCUUGCACGCACUCUCACGGAAAAGUGGGAAACCCAUGCGACCCACCAGUUGGAAAGAAAUGGCCUGUCCCGAAACCGGCACUACCGAACCACGCAAGUGUGCCCGGCCGCGGGAAAUUCCGUAA